AGGCUGUAUUCAAAGUGUGCUCGCUGUCGAUGGGAUAACGGGACUGUACUUGAGCAGAACUGCCCGUGUACAAUUACCACUCUCGUUAAACACAGAGAACACUGCUAUGUUGUAAUUUUUGUAUUGAAUAAUAAUAAAGUUAUUUUUUUGCUCUUUUGCUUUUUAAUUAUUUUUUUUUUCCGUGGGGAAACUGAGCUAAAGAGGAAUACUACUUUUGAUUUUUCUUUCAAGACCUGUGUUCAACUGAUCCGUUUGUGGACCGAAGGGAAAGAAGGAAUGGAUAGCGAGAAGUAUUUGCCGGAGCUGAUGGCAGAAAAGGACUCCCUCGACCCUUCUUUUCAACAUUCUCUGCGGCUUUUAAAUCAAGAGAUUGAAAAAAUACAGAAAGAUGAAGGCAAACAAGAAGAAAAGUUCAUUGACGUUGUGAUCAACAAGAAUAUGAAGCUGGGACAGAAAGUGUUAAUUCCUGUCAAACAGUUUCCCAAAUUUAACUUUGUCGGAAAACUCCUUGGGCCACGUGGAAACUCCUUAAAAAGGCUGCAGGAAGACACUCUCACAAAGAUGUCGAUUCUUGGAAAAGGAUCCAUGAGAGACAAAGAAAAAGAAGAAGAGCUUCGAAAGAGUGGUGAGGCUAAGUACCAGCAUCUGAAUGAGGACCUUCAUGUGCUCAUUGAAGUGUUUGCUCCACCAGCAGAAGCCUAUGCUAGAAUGGGGCAUGCACUUGAAGAAAUCAAAAAGUUUCUCAUACCAGAUUACAAUGAUGAAAUCAGACAGGCACAACUUCAGGAGUUGACAUAUCUAAAUGGAGGGUCUGAAGAUGCAGAAGUGCCAUCUGUAAGGGGAAAAACAGUUGCAAGAGGGAGAGGAACACCAGCCCCUGGAUUGCCCAGAAGUCGCGGAGGGGUCCCCCCACCCCAGGCUGUGGUGCCCCGGGGUGCCCCUGCCCCUAGAGGAGCGCCUCCUGCUCGAGUCACUGUGGCCAGAGGACGGGGCCUACCUGCACAGAGAGCAAGAGGGGCGCCACCACCUGCAGGAUACAGACCUCCGCCUCCCCCAGCACAGGAUACAUACGGGGAAUAUGAAUAUGAUGAUGGAUAUGGAACAGCUUAUGAUGACCAAGGAUAUGACAACUAUGACAACAGCUACAACAAUCAAGGACAAAAGGAUACAUGUCAGACUAUAUCAGGUCAGGAAGAAUGGACUAACAACAGACACAAAGCACCACCCACAAGAACAGCCAAGGGAGUUUACAGAGAACAGCCGUACUCCAGAUACUGAACUCUGAAUUCAAACGGUCACCACCAAGUCCCAUGUGCUGUUCCAAGUAAUGGGUUUUUCUAUGAACAAUCCCUUCUUUUUAGUAAAAAAAUAUCAACAGCAACAGUGACACCAGAAAUGUUGGAUAACAGAAUAACGACUUAUUCUCUUUCGACUGAACAUAGCCACGAAGCCAUCGAGAAAAAAAACAAAAACAAUAACAGCUGUAACGAAAAUGUUUCCAGAAAAAGAAAUAUCUCAAAGUAAACUAGGUAAACUAACCAUUCCUUAUUAACUAGUAUUAAUGGAUGAAAAGACAGAUAUGUUAGUUGUAGUUUCUUUCUAAUAAAAUGUUACUUUUAACUUCUAAUGUAGUUUUCUUUAACCUUGCAGGACUGUGUAGAACAAUAGCGAUUUAGUUUGGAUUUUUCUCUAUUAUUUGGUGGAGUGGAGGUGGUGGGGAAAGGGUGUUAAAAGGCGUUUGGGUAUAGUUUUGUCUCUUGUAAAUCUUCCUGAACAGGGCAAAGAAAAAAAAAUCAACCUCAAGAUGCAAAUAUUGUUGUAUUCUUUUUUUUGUAACUGAAAGUAAUCAAAGUUCUGUAGUGUUAAGCAAAGAUUUUUUUUCUCUGCUUGAUGCUAAAUAAACUUUUUGA